AUUGGUUGUAAAUAUCACGUGACUCCAUAGGGUGGGGUUGAACAUCUUACAACGGAACGCCGGCAUAGUGCUUGAAGUGUUGUUUAGUGUUAGUAGUGCAAACGUGAAUUUAAGGAUUUAAAACGAAAUUCAGGAUAUUCUAAAUUAAAAGAGGUAGUGCAGGAUGGGUGCGCGACAGAGCAAGAGGUCGGUGGACAUCUCAGGGGCGACCAAGAAAGGUGAGCUGGAGGCCGGUGUGGAGGACGGGAAGCUGGAGCGGCUGGAAGAGGGCGACGUAGCCCCCAAAGCGACCCAGAACGGCACCACGCCUCACGUGGACAAGGAGGCCUCCUCACCCGUUACUGAGGAGGCACAACCGGUUGUAAAGGGCGAAGAAGCGCUUGCGGCAACAGAAACGGCAGAAGAAAAGAAAGAGGAAACGGCGGAAGCGGAAAAGAAGGACGACAGCCUAGCGAACGGUACUCCAGAAACCCCAGAGGCCAAGGAUAAAUCUACGGACGAAGCGGCAUCCACACCCGACAAGGAUAAGAAGAAGAAGGAGAAGUCGAAGAAGAAGUGGUCCUUCAGGUCGAUCAGUUUCUCGAGAAAAGACAAGAGCAAACCCAACGUAGCCAAGGACGAGGCGAAGAACGGAAACGUAACCAAAGAAGAGCCCGUUGCUGAGGUUGUUGAAGCCGAGGCUGCAGCAGUCACAGAAGCCAUUCCGAUCAAAGAUGAAGAGCCCAAGAAGGAAGGAGAUGCGCCUGAGAGGACUGAAGAAGAAACUAAGGAGAAGACAGAAACGACCACAGAGACUGAAGCACAAAGCACUGAACCCGCAAGUCCAGCUCCUGCCCCUGUAGAGCCUGCCGCAACCCCCGCACCAGCCCCAGAGCCAGUAGCAGAGCCUGCCCCUGCCCCAGAACCAGCCGCCCCUACCCCAGAACCAGCCGCCCCUACCCCCGAACCAGCCGCCCCUGCCCCAGUUGAGACUCCUGCCCCAGAACCAGUGCCUGAACCCGUUGUUGAGGCUGUCCACUCACCUCCCGUUGUUGAAGCCACGCCGGAACCUGUUCCAGAAGUGGUUGAACCAGUAGCGGUGGCAGUGGAAGAGCCAGUAGAGGAACCAGUUGUGGAGGUUGUCACUGAAGCUAAGGUGGAGGAGCUGCCCCCACCCCUGCCCGCCAGUCCUCCACCCACUGAAGCUCCGCCACCAACCCCUGUCGCUCCAGUCCCUGAUGUGUCCCUACAUGUUGAAUCAUUGUCUGACACACAAGAAGCAGAGGUUGUGGGAGGAGGAGAGAGCAUGGCUGAGCCAGUCGAUGUGGAGCCAGUGUUGGUGGAUGACAAACUAGAUGAUGCACCUCUGGUCAACGGAAUCAGUGAGCACACUCAUCAGUUUGUUGAAGAGCUCUCUGAAAAGGUAACGGAGAACUUCAAGACGAUUGUGACGGACAGUUUAAUUCCAACCCAGGUAAACGAGAACUCAGAGGACAAUUCAGAACAGACUGCAUCCGCCGCAGAAUAAACAAGAUGACGUCAGUGGAAGCUGGACUAUUGCUAUGUGAUGGAUUCUUAAAGUGAUUCAAGCAUUUUACUACAGCAAAAUGAAAACUAAGACUGUUUGUUUUAUAUUAAUAUUAUUUCGGAGUUGUGCCUUGGGAAAUGCCACUGCCCAAGAAAUGAAGGCCUACCAGCCAGCUAGGACCAACUGCUCUCGGCUUAGCCGAAAUGGCCGCACAUGUUUUAUAUGAUUAAAGUAUUAAAAUAGUUAAAAAAAAAUAAGUAAAGACUUUUCUCCAAACAAAACCUUACCGGUGAUAAUAGGUUAGGGUAUAGUUUAGAUGAUAAAAAUAUUAUUAUUAAUUAUUAUCACGAUAGUUCUUGUAUGAAAGCUACUGAGAGACCGGUAAAGUUUUGUUUGACAGAGAUUAUAAUAUACGGACACUUUGUAAAAUAAUUUUGAAUAAAUUUACUGUAAUGCUUUUUGUAUUAUUAGAUGUGUAGAUUGCCGAUCAUCACAAAUAAAAGGAGCUUUUUAAGGGCGGGAGGGGGGUUGUAUUUUUUGCAGAAAUAUUUUCUUAUAAACUGUUUUUACAUGUAGUCAUAGGGGACGUCGGUUGGCAAAGGAGUCGGACACUCGGGGGUGGACUGUUGUCGGCAGCUUAGCUUGGUACGUAACUGUUCCGUUCAUUUCGCAACGAACUGUUUUUGAUGUUCCAUUAAAAUGUUUUUGAGAGAUGUUUUUAUGAGACUUGAUAUUGUUGUAGCACUCUGAAUGUAUAAACCGACCUUAAUCUCAAAUUUAUAUAAGGCCCCCUCUAUCUUAUAAUGUCAUGUGUGAAUGUGUUUAUAAAUUAAAUAUAGAAUGUUCAAAUUUUA